UAGUGUAACCCAGAAAAUAUUUUCUUCCGGUGACAGUUUGGGAAAAAUGUGAAACAAACAAAGAUGCUGCAAUUGAUCUUUGAAUUGAGAGAAUGGCAGAUUUGGUGCACUGAUAGAUAAACACAAAAAUGGCUGAAGAGGCAGAUAAGGAAAAUCUUGUUGAUGAUGUUGUGUCUACCCUACAGUCAUUUCAUAUUGGUGACAGUCCCACUGACACUAACAGAAAUAAUUCUAACCGACAAAAUGUAUUCCAGAGAACACAACACCGAUUUCAGUCAUCGGAACCAUCUGCCUCAGCUGGUAUCAUAUCAUCAGAAUAUUCCUCAGACGACAGUCAGUCAUCUAAUGAAAGGAAAUCAAGAAGUCUAAAGCAAAGGAUUCAAAGGAAAUUAAAUCAGAAAUCUGAAAAUUCAAAUAUUGGUGGAAAUCAAAAUUCUCACGUCCCUGACGUUGUUCCUAAAAGUGAUCCAUCAAACGCUGCCAGGUCAACGACUCAAGAUUCACAAAAUGAAGCAAAUUUUUUGACAGAAUCCACUUCACAACCUAUUUCAGAAACAAGUAAGGAAACAUUACCUAGUGCAGAAGUUAAUCCUAAUGUUCAGUCAUCGGUUAUAGCAGAAACGCAACCUCCAGUAUCCACUGCUUCUCAACCAAACACAUCUCCAGAUAAACCACCAGAAAGAAGAAGGAGGAGGUUUAUCACCAGAGAGAAGGAUCCAGAAGAAACCAACACACCUUUGACCCCUGACCUUACUCAGAAAACAGGAUCAGAGUCUCCUGAAACCAGUACUACAAGUGUAAGAACAAGGAGUAGGAGAAGCUUACUGAAUCAAAAUGAGGACUGGAAAGGUUCUCCUGAAUCAAGUCAGACCUCUGAUUCAGCAGAACCAGGAACAAGAACUCGACAGAGAAGGAGUGUACUAAAUGAAAGUGCCUAUUCUGGUAUCCGAGCAAAGUCUGUUGAACGUACUGUUAGAGUAAGAUCAUCUGGACUAUUAAAUUCAAAUCAGGAUGUUUCCAAAUCACUAAACUUGACAUCUCAAACAAGUAAUUCUGUUGACAACCAAGCUUCAGGUGAAAACACUGAAAGCACAGAAAAACCAUCAACUUCUAGGAAAAGUGCCGCUGAAUGUAUACGUUUAAGACGAGUGCAGAGUUUAGAAAGGGGGAAAAGGCCAAAUCUAUCUUUCAUGUCAAAUGUUAAUAAAAGUUGUGAUGAUAAACAAUUAAGUCUACCGACAACUCAAGUCACACAAACACCAGUUAUUGGUAAUCCAUUAAUUGCCAAACUUGAAUCGACCUAUAAACUUUUAAGGACACGGAGAACAAGAAUGUCAUCAGAUACUCCUUCGAGGAGUGAAGAAUCAAGUAAUUCUGUGCAAAAUAGUCCUGAAAUUCAAUCCUCACCAAAAAAUGGAAUUACAAAUACCCAGCAAACAGAGUCAGUGCCAAAUGUAAUGUCUUCCUCCAAACCUGUCCCUGAUAGAGUUCCUACAAAUAGUCAGAGCACCAAUGAGAUGGAAUCUCAUGAUGUUGAUAGUAAAUCAGUAAAUCAAGAUGGAACAACAUCAAUACAUGACAUAGAGACUAAAGAUCCGACUCUAAUAUUUAAAUCUAAUGAAACUAUGGACAAACCCACAAAUCCAGAUAUACAUCAGCCAGAGAACAAAUCAUCCAAACUGGAUCCCUCCAUUUAUCCACAACAUGACAUAUCACAAACUUUAUCCGAUCAAAACAUAUCUGACAAAUCUCCACAAAAACUUAUAUCUGGGUCAAAAACGGAACCAGGCUUAUCUGAUGAAUCUCCUCAGAGAAGUAGGCAUUCAUCUGGAACAAGAACUGAUCAAAACAUAUCAAACACUGACAAAUCUCCUCAGAGAAGUAGACAUUCAUCUGGAAGCAGGUCGUUAAGUGAAUCGACCGAAAUCAAGCAAGUAAUGACUCCAAAGGGAAGUAAAUCAUUAGACAUUCCUGACUUAGCUCUCAAUAACUCAUCAUUAAGACGAACGCCAGUCACUGAUUUAGAUCAAGCAAUGAAACAAAGAGAUGAAGAAAAGUUACGAAAAUUGUUUAAAAAUACUGAAGCAGGAAUAAACGGUGUACAAAAACAGGACGAUAAUUCAUCAAAAGUUGUAUGCCAAAGUGAAGCUGUAAUGGAAACCGAUUUAGAUCAUGUUCCUAUUCAAAAUAGUCGAUUCAAUAGAACAGUUGACGGAGGUUUACAAAAUAAGAGUUCAUCCUCACCGUCAAGUCCAAAAGUGUUUUCUGAACAAAUAAAGUCAAUAGACAGUCCUAAGGCAUUUACAAAUCAAAUGAAAGCACCAAGUAGUCCAAAACCAUUUGGUGAGCAGGCAAAGACUUUUAAUAGUUCGAAACCACUUGCAGAUCAAAUGAAAGCUUUAAAUAGUCCUAAACCAUUCUUACCUAUGGCAGAAUAUAAACCUGUGACAAGUGCUGUGGCACAGUUAAUAACUGAAAGUAUCAACAAGGAGGAUGAGGAAGUAAAACCCAAUGAUCCAUCUGUUAAAGAAUAUAGUCCAUAUCAAAACUUAGAUGAUGCUGUAAAAUGGCCAGCUUCAGUUCCUGGAACCCUUGAUUUCAGUCGCAUGGAAGUGUUUGAAGGGAAGAUGUUACUGCAGUGGCUGUCUUCAUCUAUUGAUGAUAACCAUUACCUCAGAUUAAUGUUGACCCGACAUGACCUGCAGGUUAUAGGCUCACAGUAUUGUACCUGUCUGAUUGCUGCUGGAGUUAUUAAAGAGGUCAACAGGAAGGACUCACAAUGGCUGUUUAAGGGUGAUUGUAUGUACUACUGGACCCAUACAGAAGUACCUGUAACAAAACAACAAAAUGAGAUCUGUAAACUUACACCCUCGUGGCCCCCACCACAAUAUCUGAGUGAAGAAGAACUAAAAGCAGGACGUAAAUUUACAGAGGCAGACCAGCAAGCCAUGUUGGUACAUGUGAGAAAUGAAUAUAAGACAGAGCUGGAUAAAGUUGAGGUAGGUCACCAAGUCGUAUUAGACCACUGUAGGGAGGAGUAUCAAAAUAGACUACAAAACUGUGUAGAGAAAAUAGCCCUUCUUGAACAGGAAGUAGCAAGGUAUAAAAAACUAGCUGGCAUAGAGGAACAUUCACAAACUGCUUUAUCUGAAGCAAAUGCUGCUGAAAAAGAGGCUAGUCAUGUGACCAAUGGUUACUAUAACAGCCAAGGACAGUUAUGUGUAGCAGUGACAGGAACACCACAUUUGCAGCACACUUUGGCUGCUGUUACACCAGAAUGUAUUCAUGGAUUAGUGCCUUCAAUACCUGAAGAAAAUGGCGAGGAGGGGGACAUGCCUGUUGAGAAAUUAAAAUUUUCUCCUGAACAUAUAGGAGUACCAACGAUACCAGUGCCACCACCACCUCCGCCACCAGAUAUACCUCCUCCUCCGCCUCCACCAAUACCAGGAGCACCUCCACCACCACCUGGACCCCCUGGAGCUCCGCCAGCACCGGGAAUGCUUCAGAGAAGAGGUUCUUUGAAGCCAUUGAUUAGUACCAAGUCUCCCAUGAAACCGCUGUUCUGGAACAGAAUUGUUGUUAAUGAAAUAAAGUCACCCAAACAUAAAGAGUAUGCCAAUGCCAGACUAGUCUGGGAGGAAAUUGAUGAAGCUAGAAUUAAUUUUGAUGAAGUGGAUGAACUGUUCUCUAAAGUGCCAAUAGAUAAUACCAGAAAGUCUAGACUCACCAAAAGUAAAUCACCACCAAAACAGUUUGCUAAAGUGAUAGAACCAAAACGCUCCCAAGCUAUUGGAAUUUUGUUAUCAAGUUUGCGACUUGAGUUUUUUGUUAUUGAAAAUGCAAUAAUGCAUUUAGAUACCUCACAACUAGAAAUGGAGAAGUUGAAAGCUAUUUAUGACAAUAGGGCGGAUGAUGAAGAAAUUAAAAAAAUAAAGAAACAUUUAGAUCAAAACCCUAAUGUACCUCUUGAUAAACCUGAUCAGUUUCUGUAUGAUUUAACUGUGAUACCAGAUUUUGCAGAGAGAAUGUUUUGUUUUUUGUUUCAAGAAAAUUUCCAAGAAAGCAUUUCUGUGAUAGAGAAUAAACUCAACAACUUAAAAAUGACUUCUGAUACAUUGAUGAAUGGGAAGGGAGUGAAAGAUGUGUUAGGAUUAGUGUUAGCUGUAGGAAAUUAUAUGAAUGGGGGAAAUAGAAGUAGAGGUCAAGCUGAUGGUUUUGAUAUAAGUAUACUGCCUAGAUUAAAAGAUGUAAAAACAAAGGAUAACAGAUCAAGUUUGCUGCAGUUUGUUGUAUCGACUUAUAUAAAGAAGUUUGAUUAUGACAGUGCUGGAACAGAGAAGGCCAUUUUACCACUUCCUGAUUCUAGUGACAUCUCACAAGGAAUGCAGGUUAAUUUUGAUGAAAUAGACAAAGAAUUAAAGAGAAUAAAGAAAGAGUUUGAAGCUGCUUUUAAAAGAUCGAAUAAAGUAAUUAAACAUGCUCAUGAAGAUGAUCUUCAACCGUUUAAAGCUGUCAUGGAAGAUUUCUUUGAAAAGGGUAAAAAUGACUUACAAGAACAAGAUGAUUCUAUCAAAGAGGCUAAAAUGAUGUUUGAUGAAAUUGUAAUUUACUUUUGUGUAAAACCAAAGUCAGGAGAUAAGUUUGUCACUCCAGAGUAUUUCUUUUCAUCAUGGUCAUCAUUCUGUGGGGAUUUUAAACAAAUGUGGAAGAAAGAACAACAAAAAGUCCUUAAAAUAAAAAUACAAGAAGCAGAGAAAAGAUUUAAGCAAUUACAGGAUGGUAAGAAGGCUGCCUUAUUGAAUACAAGAACAAGAAAAGCUGGGAGUUUGAAAGACAAAUUGGCCAGAAAAAACAUGCUGUGAUGAUAGAACGCAGAAAGGGACACAACUCUGUCUCAUAUUCCUUAUGCAUCAUACUUAUUGUACUAUGGAGGGUACAUAUGAUAUUUUGCUGCAGCUUACUUGCCAGACUUUAUACCACCAUAACAGGUUGUAGUCAAAGAACUGUUUUAUAGUUAUGGUACAGUCUAAACUUUAAAAACUACAGUGGCACACUUGCCAAAUAUGCAAAUUUAAAAAUAGGUGGUUUCCUAUUCUAAUAAUAGUUGAUUUUUAUCAAUGAUUGAAUCGAUUUUUCUGCUCUCUCACCAUAAGAAAAAUUGGGAAAUUGCUGGAACUACUUUUCCAAGACGACUAACCUUUCUCAGAGGAACCUUUCAACAUAAUAAAGAAAUAAAGAGGUUCAUAUUAUUCAUUUAGAGCUCUGCAGGAUCAAUCUAAAGGUCUUUCUUAAAUAUAAUUCAAAGAUAAAUUUAGUUUGUAGACAAAUCUAAAUACUAAUUUUAAUUAGGUUGUGUACAUUUUUAAAGUUUAUAAAUGAUAAAUCAUCUAUUGAAAUAUAUACAGAAGGUUGUUAAAAUAGUUGUGACUUUAUGCAUUUAUUUUUAUAGCAUUUUUUUGCUGUUAUUUUUUUAAGUGUUUUUGUGAUGUAUGAUAUUUGUGAUAUUUAUUGAAGUUUUGUUUCUCUCUUGUUACUUUCUUAUUGUUGACUGUCAUGACAUUUUUAUUCCAAAGUAAGUUUUUCUUCUUUGUAUCAGACUCUAAGGGUUAGUGAUUUGUCUAUUUAUGAAUAAAUUUUCAGGAAGAUCAGGUUUGAAAGGUACUGAAGUAUUUAUAUGUUAAGGCCAUAAACAAAUUAUAUAAUUGCUGUGGUUUUUUUUAUUUAUUAUGCUGAAAAUAUUGCUAAGUGAACAUUUUUUUUAUUUCUAAAUAAAGUUGAGUUUUUUUUUACUGAUGAGCAGCUUAAAAUAUGGUGAGGAAACAACAUAUUUGAUUUUUUUGGUUCCUUCUAGCUAUCAAAAUUUCAAAGUAAAUGAGAAAAUGAGCAACUUUUUUUUUAAAGUUGGAUAAAUUAGAGCAUUAUUAUAAUUCUUUUUAUAAAUUAAAAACAACAUCUUAAUUUUUUAGCCUUUGACUUAUAUUAACUGUAAUUCCUUUUAGUACAAUGAUGAUUGCAAAUAUAUUUAACUUACAAAACUUGUAGUCUGUAAAUGAUAUGAUUAUUAGACACAAUAUAUAUACUGUUAGUUAGUGAUACUGACAUUUCUGAAUCACUUAUUUCUUGAAAUAGAGGAAUAUGUGUGAAUGCAAUUUUUUGUGCAUACUGUUAGAUAAUAAUUUUCUUAAUACUAAACGAAAAUCACAUUUAUUUUUGGUAGGAAUGUUUUUUAAUAUUUUUUAUUGAAUUCUUCUUUGCAGUAGUUUGUAUAGUCUUGUAUAAUACCUGUUUCAUUUAUUACAUGAAGAUGUGAAUUAAGAUUAACUUAACAGUGAAAUUUCAAUUAGCUAUCAAUUUAAAUUCAUGUCAAGAGAACUAUUAAAGGGAGGUCAUUGAUUUCUAAAAUUUCUCAGAUAAACCUCAUUGGAAACCUUGGUCAGUCAACUUUUGUUUAAUCAUUUAAUGACCUGCAUAGUCCAUGAUUUUUGUGUUGAGGUUGUGACUAAAGUUUUUGUUGGUCAAUGUUAGAAUUAUUUUGUACAAUAUACUGUGGAUUCAUUAUUAUUCUUUGGAUAUUUAUUUUUGGUGGAUUGAACAUGAAAUCAAGUAUCCAAGAAAAAACUGUUUUUCCUGAAUCCAAAAGAAAUGAAUCCACAGAACUCUGGUACAGUUUUACAUGUUUAAUUUCUGGAUAGGCAGUGGAAAGCAGGAUAAUGCUUCCUUGUUCAUUCUUCUGUAAUAAGCUACUUUCAAUAUUACAAUCAGAAGAGCAAUCAACUAUGUCUACUAAUGAUGAUUUGCAGUCAUGUUUAAAUGACAAUAAUGGCAAUCUUUGCAAUAUAUUAAUUUUACACCAAUUUGUAUUUUACUUGCACUAUCAUCAGUACACUGAAUUUACUCCUAAUAUAUAUAUAGGGAAAAGGGGGAGGUUAACCUGGGUAAAAAGAGAUCACUUUUUUCGUCAAUAAAUUGUUUGUGAUAGAAAGUUUCAUCAAUGCUUUUUAAGCAUUCAUGUAAAAGAGAAUUGAAAGAAUCUGUGUUACUUACAAGCUUACUUUAUAUUUAUGCAAAUUAUUGACACAAACGUACCACUGAUUUUUACGAGUUAUGUCCCUUAACUUGGUUUUAUCUCCCUUUAUAAACUAAUUUUUGUUUUCCUCAUAUUGACAUCAACCUAAGAUAACACAAUCUUAAAGUUCACCACUUUUAUCAUUCAAAACCUUGCCAUCAUUUGAAUCUCUGUUUUUUUUUUGUGAAUUAUAAUUUCUUUUAGAUAUAUGUGUUCCUCACUAGUUAUUUGCAAUCUCAAUUUUGAUAUCUUUACCUUUAUAGAAUAUUGCAAUCCUUUUUUCUCAUUUCAUUAGUUUACUUUAAUAAGUAUGUACAUGCAGUAAUUUUAUGUAGAUUUUCACUGUAAAAAAGAGCAAUGUUCUCUGUUCAUAAUUUAUCCCCACAACACUCUUCACUAAAAAUCAUUUAAACUGUCAAGUUUAUUUUACAAUCAUGAAGAUAUUUUUAGAAUUUUUUUACAUAGUACAUGUAACAACAAAACCAUCACAAUCUAAAUCAAUUUAUAAAUGCUACUUAAAAAAAUCAUUUAUCUCAAAAUAAAAAUUGAAAAUUGAAUAUGGUAAUACAAUUUAUAUCCAGUCAAUUUUUUGCACCAAUAAAAACAUCAAAUCACUCAUUCUUAAAUAAACAGAAGUUAAGCAUUUCCAUUUAUGAAUCAUUUUUGAGCAGUUCAUUACAUUCCAUUAGUCACUGUUUUGGUGUGUUGCUACAUUUUCUCAUUGCAUUCCAUAUUUUCUUUAGGAAAGAUUCCAGCAGUUGCCAUUUUGGUGUGUUAUAAUACUAAAUCAUUGCAUUCCACAUUUUCUUUAGGAUUGUUUACAAGUUGGGUGCAUAUAUUGUGAUAUGUGUUUUUUGAAAUCCAGAUGUGUAAAUAUGAAUUGUUUAGUUCUAGUCAUAACAAAUUAGGUGCCUUGUUGACUAAUAUAUAUCACUGUUAUUUUAUGGAUGGAUUUUUUGGUUUCAUGGUUUCAAAGAAAUCAUUUGAUAAAACUAUCAACUUCCAUUGUUUUCAUCCAGCUUUCAUGCAUUCCAUUUUCACUAUUCAGCUAUUCACAGUAUGCAUAAAUUUUAUGUGUUCCUAUUUUUUAGGCAACAGUGACAUUGAUCUAUGAUGAGUUUAUGAUUACAGUGAGAAAAAAAGAUGUAGAUAAAAAAUAAUGUUUUGCUGUUCGGACAAAACGAAUUAUAUCCUUUCUUUCUAUAACUUAGAAUUGAUGAUGUUCAGCAUAAAAAAACUCAUAUAAAGCUGAAAAGUAAGAAUUUUAAUUUGUCCAUGUUUUACUACCAGUAAGAAUAAGGUAGUUGGAACAUGGUAAAAACUGUGGACAAGUCAUUCAUUUUACAUUUCGUUUAGAAUACCGGUACAAACUUUUUGAUAAUAUUUUUCACAUUAUUAAUUAACAGAGGAUAUGUUAGAUAGAAAUGUUUGUAGUUUCUGAUCCUUGAGAUGGAAUAAUAAUUAAUCUUCAUCUCAGAUUUUCAUUUUAGUGACAACUGAUUGAUAUUUUAUCAUUUCUUGCUUUUCAUAAAACUUACAGGCUAUGGGUUCAUUUAAACAGACAGGGUCAAAUAGCCCAACAAUUUUUAUGUAGACAACUGAUUAACAUUUUGAUAUUAUAUUAUGUAUGUAUCAUCAUCAUUAAGAAGGAGAGGCCUUGGUGGCUGAGUGGUCUAAGUGGUUCAUCUACUGUAUCAAUAGCCUGUCAACACUGAGGUUGUGAGUUCAAACCCCCAUGUGGCAGGUGCGUUUGACUCAAAUAUUUAUUACUAGGAUUGUCACUCAGUUAUUCUGCAGAUGGUCUGUUGAUUUUUCGGGACACUCUGGCUUUCUUCGCCAAUGAAAAAAGGCUGCCAUGAAAAAACAUAUAGUGCUGAAAGUGGCCUUAAACACCAAUCAAUCAUUAUGAAGGGAUAUAUAAAGUUUUUGGUGGGAGUUAUGCAAUACUACUGUUUUUAGUAGAACAUAAUAAAACUAUUAUCUUUUAAAUAAAAAUUUAAAGAGGAUUUUUUUUCCUCAAUGAAUUUUGAUCAAUAUCAAAGAUAAUGUAAUUGUUUAAUACAUUCAGGGUUUAUUUUUCAAUGAAUUUAAGCUGGUUAUUAAGAUGAUUUAAUAGUUGUAUAUAUUGUGAAAAUGGCACAAGUAAAAAAUUGAUUUUAUAACAUUCAAUUGAAAAAUCAGUACUUCUAGACUUAGUCAUAUAAGUUACUGAGUUUGUAGAGUUAUUAUUUGUUAGCAGAUAAAUACGUUACACCUUGUUAAUGAACACACAUAUAUUGCAUUUAUAUCUUUUAUUUAUUGAUUAAUUGUUUAGUUAGGUGUGCCCUGCUAAACAGCAACUACAUUGUACAAAUACCUUUGAAACGAUUGGGUUCAGGUCACAUAGAUUGAAUUUUCAGUCUUUUAACAUAGUAAGAUUGAAUAAGUAUCUUGUCCUAAGAAAUCAGCUGGUUGAUAUGUCUGUCAGCCAAUUAUUUACAAAGAAACAUGGUUGAUCUUAUUGUUGAUCUGCAUAGCAAAAAGUACAGCCUCAAGUCAUGAUCUGUAAUGUGUAUAAUGAAUUUUUGAUGGUAUUUUAAACACAUUAUAUCAGUACAGGACCUCAUUUCUCAAGAGAUCUAGUUUAAGAUUGAUCUGACUUUAUAAAUUUUCAAAGUUUGAAGAACUUAUGACAGGAAUGUUUGUGAAACAAUAGCCUGCAGUCUCUUCUCAAAAGAUUUCACUGCAGAAUUUGAUAACUUUGGUUUAGAUUGCAAGAACCGUCAAUACAGAAAGUUAUAUGAACUUACACUGUCAUUCCAUAUGCCAGUUUCUCUAUGAGAUUUGUUAUUUUUUUUAAAUAUUUUUAUAGAGUAAGCAUUGAUACAUUUUACUAAAGGCAAUAAAGCAUUUCACUAUA